UUUGCGCUAAGAAAAACGUUAUGCUAAAUAAUCAGUUAUUUAAUUUGUACUUAAUAUACUGUGUAUUCAUAUUGGGAGACAUUUAGAAUCAGUUAAAUCUAUUGCGAUAUUAGGCUUUUCAGAUACCUUUUAGAUCAAUCAAAAGUACAUUUCAAAUAAUCUAAAUCUAAGUAAUAAUCAAAAAAGCUUUAAAAAAAUAUGUUGGCUAAGUUAUUAAAUGGUAACAGCGUCAAACGUUUCAGAAACAGUUAAAUUAUAUUAAUAUUUUGCGAUGUCUGACGAAGAAGACGAACAAGGUCAGAAGAAAGGUAACGCUCUGCCAUUAUGGGGAAACGUACAAACAAUGAAUAUCAACAAUUUGGUAGUAACUAAUAUUUUAUCGAGUCCUUAUUUCAAGAACGAACUGUUCAAGUUGAAAACCUUUCAUGAAGUGGUUGAUGAGAUUUACUACAAGGUUGAUCAUCUAGAACCAUGGGAAAAAGGAAGUCGAAAAACACAUGGUCAAGUUGGAAUGUGCGGCGGUGUACGUGGUGUUGGUGCAGGUGGUAUCGUGUCCAGUGGUUACUGUUUAUUAUUCAAACUUUUUACUUUAAGACUCACUGAAAAACAAGUUUAUGUGUUGUUAAAUCAUACUGAUUCUCCGUACAUUCGUGGCAUGGGUUUUAUGUUUAUUCGAUACUGUCAACAUCCAAAUACAUUUUGGGAUUGGUUUGAACCAUAUCUUGAAGAUGAAGAAGAAAUUGAUCCGAAGGCAGGUGGCGGUUGUUCAAUGACGAUUGGUCAGCUUGUUCGAAGCUUUUUAUUAAAGCUGGAUUGGUAUGGUACGCUAUUUCCAAGAAUACCAGUUCCGAUUCAUAAGGAGAUUGAAGCUAGUCUUAGAGCUAUAAAUUUAUGCGACGAUCGGAAAGUAUAUGCUGACGAAAAUAAAGAAUCAUCUAGAGAGCGUCGCUCGUCGCAAACUGAUGAGAAAGCUGAUCCAAGUUUUGGAGAAGCAGAAAAGCAUGCUCGUAAAAGGAGAGAUGAAAAAUCUCCUCGUAGAAGUAGUGACAAAACGCGAACCUCGAGUCAAGAACGAAAAGAUAAAGAUCAACGCCAUAGCAGAGAACAUCACAGUGAACGUCGCGAUAGCGAUAGAUCGGAUAAAAGGUCCUCUAAAGAUCAUAAAGAUCAUAGGUCUGCGAAAGAGCGCCGUAGUUCCAGAGAAAAAUCCCCAAGUCGUCAUAAGUCAUCAAGAAAGCGUAGCAGAAGUCGUGAUCGUUACAAGUAGCAGAAAUAAAUUAACUAACGAGGAGAAAGUUUGGUGAAAACUAUGAUUAAAGAACAAUUCCCGAAGAAUAUCGCCUUAAAAAUAACUUCAAUAUUUUUAUUACAUGAAUAUUUUAAAUGUUAUUCUUAAGUUUUCAAGUAUACGUUACGGAACAAUUCUCGCUUUCAUCAGGCACAAGAGCUACUAGCAAGUUUAUGUGCUUCUUAACAGAUUUUUUUAUGAAAAUAAUGACUUAAUAUUUACGUAGUGAUUUGUUAACAAAAAAAAAUUAUGCUAACAGGA